GUGUGUUUGUUUGUGUGUUUGUGUGUGUGAGUCUGUAACACUGAGAUGUUCAUGCUCAUUCGAGAGCCAUCCGCCGGAGGAGGCGGUGGAAGCAUGAGCGCACCGCAGGAGAGAAGUGCUAAACAGGUGCAAGCUUCCAUCAAGAAGAAGGUGGAGAGACAGAGAAAGCGAAGUAUUGACGCACAAACUGCAAGCCGUCCACUUCAGGAGCUUCAAAAGUCCAGAGAGACGCCGCAGAUGGCAGAGGAGAAGGCAGAGGAAAGCGAAAUUGUGGACGAGGAGCUGGAGGAGAUGUUGGCAGGAGGGCAGAGGAGAAAUAUGGAGAAGGUGGAGGAGGCAGAGCCUGUAGACCUGCUGCCUAUAGUGGACUCUGUGUUUGGACAGGACAGGGCGCUGCGGCCUGAGGAGAUUGACGAGCUUCACAAGGCAUUUGUGGAGUUUGACAGAAACAAAAAGGGCUACAUCAGCCAAAGAGACCUGGGGGAGUGCAUGAGGACGAUGGGCUAUAUGCCCACAGAGAUGGAGCUGAUCCAUUUGAGCCAGCAGAUCGGUGGGAAAUUGGACUUUGAGGAUUUUGUUGAGCUGAUGGGACCCAAGAUGCUGGCCGAAACAGCAGAUAUGAUAGGCGUCAAGGAGCUGCGAGAUGCAUUUAAAGAGUUUGACUCAAACGGGGACGGUCAGAUCAGUCUGACCGAGCUGCGAGAAGCCAUGAAGAAGCUGAUGGGAGAACAGGUGACCCACAAGGAGAUCAACGAAAUCCUCAAAGACGUCGACCUCAACGGGGAUGGCUUGGUCGACUUUGAAGAGUUUGUUCGAAUGAUGUCACGCUGAACGGUCCAUGGAGAUCAGGCAGAGGGACAAAAACUGCAAAGCAGAGACCCGAGGUUUUACAAACUGAAAUUAUAUUUUUUUUAUAGAAUAAAAGGGAAACGUUGUGAGCAGCAGUAUCCAUAUCAACAGGGUUACAGAUAUCUAUCCAAGUGUUGAUGUUUUUGGAUGUAUUUUUAUAUAAGGUUGUUGUUCUUUGAUCUUACAUCUUGUAUGUAAAAUUGUAAAAAUGUAUUUAAAUAAUAAAAUGUGCAAAUAAUAAGGGAAGAAACUGCUAUCAACUGGACUUACAAAAACACGUCUUCCUAAUUUUCCAUUUAGAGGGAGUUUCUUCUCUCCAUUGGUGCCUUGUGCUUGUUCAAGAAAACCCUUCAAAGUGACGCAGGAGACACUUUUUAGCAGCUAAUUGUGAUAAUCUGCCUCAUCGGAAUUUGACUGAAUUGAAUUUUAGCAUGAUAAUUUAUAAUUAUUAGUAUUAAUGAUGAACAUUGUUGCCUUUCGUGUAGCUGUUUUCUCCAAUUGAGACUCAGGGAAACACUGUCACACUUUUCUCUUCCAAUCUCAAAAAAGGAAAACAUUUUGUUUAUACUGUAUGUAACCCUUGUGCUAUCCUAGGUACUUUAAUGUUGGGAGUUGGGUCAUCUAGACCCACUAGUGAGUGC